GCUCUAUUCUGUUUUAUACUGCAACUUCUGCCUUUGUCUUGUAGUAUCAGUAGCAUUAUUUUUUCGCAUCUAUCUUUAAUGAGCUGUGAAUGUGCUUCUAUAGCCUCAGCAUUGAUUCUCUCUAAAUACUAUAUAGUGUAUUCAACACCAGUUUGUUUAGCCGCUUUGGGAAGUUUGUACUCUUUUUAAUUUGCAUUAAGAGACUUGCAAUUUUUCGCUUUCCUUUUUUCUUCUUUUUUCGUUUCAUCAUGCUUUUGUUUACUGAAAUGGGCAUCAGAAGGACACUGCCUAUAUCUUUAGGAAUUGUCUUUAUUUUGAUGGUCAAUUUAGCCAUGAUUCAUCAUUAUUAUUAUUCUUCUUCCAGUGGUUUGGGUGAGCCAUAUCAACCGCCUCAUUAUGGCUUACACCUUGUUCGACCCAAACAACGUAAAUACACAAGCCAAGUUCUAGAGAAAUACCUUGAAUCCUUGGAUUCUGUCUUUAAGGACAGAGACCUCUAUAUCUUAUUGCAAAACUGUCUUCCCAACACACUUGACACGACAGUCGAAUGGUUUUCAGACGACAAGUAUGAUCCCCGUACUUUUUUAAUUACAGGAGAUAUUCCUGCUAUGUGGAUACGUGAUUCAACAAACCAAAUAUCACCUUAUUUACAAUUCAUAAAACAAGACGAAGGACUACGCCAACUUGUGUUGGGUGUUAUUCAGGUACAAGCCAGUUAUUUAGUUUAUGACCCUUAUGCAAAUGCCUUUUUACGUCCAUGGUAUGCGCCACCCUCUGAACAUUCACAAAAGGGGUCUACAACAGACCGUGUUGUACCUGCUUAUGACCCAAAUAUUGUUUGGGAAUCAAAAUACGAAUUAGACUCAAUAGGUCAUUUCUUUCAAUUGACCAAUGACUAUAUAGAAGCUUCAGGUGAUAUUGAACGAGUAGUGACAUCUAAAGACUGGUUAAAGGCUUUACCACGUAUUUUCAAAGUAUUGCAAGAUCAAAUGGAAGACACUUGGCCUGCGAAAAAGAUCCAAUUCAAAUCAUUCAAGAAAACAGGAGGAGAACCAAGCCCAGUCUCAUUAAAAGAAGGCUAUCGAUUUAGAAGACAGACAGAUAGACCUACAGAAACAUUAGGAGAAUAUGGUAUUGGCGGUAUUACACGAAAAUGUGGGCUUGUACGAAGUGCUUUUAGACCAAGUGACGAUGCUACCACAUUUCCAUAUCUAAUUCCUUCAAAUGCUCAACUCUCUGUACAAUUGAUUCGACUUGCCAACUAUCUGGAUACUUACUUGGGCAAUAGACAGGAUAAAAUGACAUACUCCCAAAUUGCAAGACAUGCUCGAGAAUUAGGUGAGACUAUUCGAGAAGCCAUUUACAAACACGCCGUUGUAUCCCAUUCCGAAUUUGGAGAUAUGUUUGCAUUUGAAGUAGACUGUUAUGGCUCUCAUUUACUCAUGGACGAUGCCAACACACCUUCUUUACUCAGUUUACCCGUAUUAGGAUUUGUGAAAAAGAAUGAUAGAAUCUACCAAAACACAAGAAAUUUUGUGCUUUCCAAAUGGAAUCCUUGGUUUUUUUCAAGUAGUUUUGCUGAAGGCAUCGGUGGUCCUCAUACAGGACAAAAUAUGGUAUGGCCCAUGAGCUUAUUGAUGCAAAUUCAGACAUCGACAUCUGAAGCAGAAGUCAAGACAUGCCUUGAUAUGAUCAAGAGGAUGGCCAGACAUACAGGCAGCCUUAUGUGCGAAUCCUUUAAUGUGAAUCAGCCAACUCAAUUUACGCGACCUUGGUUCAGUUGGGCCAAUGGACUGGCUGGAAGCACAAUUUUAGGCUUGAUCCAGGAUUAUCCGCAUUUGAUUUGACGAAACUUUUCUCAUGA